AUGACACAUCUCUACGAUCUCGAACAGACUUCUGGAAAUGAUCCAACCUCAAAUCACAUCCACGACGAAAUCACAAGUCACAACCACAAAAACAUUGGAAAUGACCAAGUUUUGAGCAAUGGAUCGUCAAACCUCACUAAUCAUACCAUGGUGCCAAUAAAAAAAAACUCGUUGAAAGAGGAGACCGGCAAAGCAAGCGACGGUAAUGCCUAUCAAAACUCAAUGGUAAAUGGUUUGGAGGAUGUCAGUGAUAAAAAGUCCCAAAGAGGUAAGAAAAAUAAAAUUAAAGAUUCAUCAGCGGACAAGGAAAGUAAGAAAAAAGAGAAAAUGAAAACAGUCUCAAUACUCCAGCUGUUCCGGUUCGCCGAUAAAUACGACAUAAUGUUGAUCACCGUCGGUUUAAUAUGUGCAUGCGCGCAUGGAUCAGCAUUGCCUGUGAUGAUCCUCGUGUUUGGCACCAUGACCGAUUCAUUCCUGGGCUCCUCCGGUGUUCCCAACAUCACAGACCCGACUGAAAUGGCAACAUUGAUGGGCGCGUUCUCUGACAAAGUUUCGACGUCUUGCAUUUACUAUGCUAUAAUUGGAGCAGUUGUGCUGGCUGUUGGCUACCUGGAAGUCAGCACAUUUCUCAUCAUCUCGUACAGACAGGUCUUGAAACUGAGAAUGAAACUGUUUGCUUCGGUCAUCCAUCAAGAAAUUGGAUGGUUUGAUACGCAUGAAACUGGAGAACUGAGCACACGUUUUUCAGACGAUGUGAACAAAGUCCAAGAAGGGAUCGGUGACAAGAUAAGCAAUUUUUUCCAAUGGGUUUCAACGUUCACCGUUGGAAUCAUUAUUGGCUUGUGUUAUGGGUGGAAGUUGGCACUUGUAGUCCUGGCGAUGUCUCCAUUGCUCGCUGCAGCCGGCGGUCUGAUGACUUACUUGAUAUCAGCGACAACGAGCAAGGAGCUGACAGCUUAUGCAAAAGCUGGUGCAGUGGCCGAAGAAGUGUUUUCUGCCAUCAGGACUGUCGUUGCAUUCAGUGGACAGAAGAAAGAAGAGGAGAGAUAUGUAAAGAAUCUAAAUCAAGCCAAAAAAUUUGGCAUCUACAAAGGAAUUUUCAAUGGGGGAGGAAUGGGUGUGGUGUUUUUGGUCAUGUAUUGUUCAUAUGCCAUCGCUUUCUGGUACGGCGGGCAGUUAAUCAUAAGAGGAGAAAUGUCUCUUGGGCACGUUUUGAUUGCUUUUUUUGCCGUGGUUAUUGGUUCGGUAGCACUCGGAAAUGCAGGCCCUAACCUUCAAAACAUCGGAACCGCCAGAGGGGCUGCUUAUGUACUGUGGAACCUCAUAGAUAGGAAAUCUGAAAUUGACAGCAGCUCGCCUGACGGGGAAAUAAUAAAAGACGUCAUAGGAAACAUCGAUUUCAAAGAUGUUUUCUUCAAGUACCCAUCAAGGAAGGAUGUUAAGCGCAGACAAGUUCAACUUCACGUUUUUAAAUUACAGAUUCUGAACGGUUUGAACAUGUCGAUAAAAGCUGGUCAGACGGUUGCAGUGGUCGGAGCCAGUGGGUGUGGGAAGAGUACAGUCAUCCAACUCAUCCAACGAUUCUACGAUCCAGAAAGUGGAAGUGUUGCUAUAGAUGGAGUUGACAUCAAGAAACUCAACGUCAAAUGGUUGAGGCAGCAGAUAGGUAUCGUCAGUCAGGAGCCAGUUUUAUUCGCCACAACGAUCGCCGAGAACAUCUCGUACGGUAGCGAUGGCAUCUUGACGCAACAACAAAUCGAACAAGCGGCCAAAGAAGCCAAUGCACACGACUUCAUCUCGAAACUACCGAAGAAAAAAGAAUACAAAGUUUCCAUGAUGCGGGUGAUGGCUUACAACAAAAAGGAGUGGUACCUGAUCGUGCUUGGGUGCAUCGGAGGAGCCAUCAACGGUGGCAUUCAACCUUCCUUUGCAAUUCUAUUUGCCAAAUACCUCGGGGUUUUCGACUUGAGGAAAGAUCCGAGUGAACGCGAUAAAGGAGUUUUGAUGUUCUCUUUGUUGUUUGUGGCCCUCGGUGUGGCUGCCUGCUUAUCCAGAUUGCUUCAAUCUACUAUGUUUGCCAUAUCUGGAGAAAUAUUAACAAAACGAAUGAGACGCUUGAUAUUCAAACACAUUCUCAAACAGAACAUAGAAUUUUUUGACGAUAACAAUAACGGCGUUGGAGCCCUAACAACCAGACUGGCUACUGAUGCUUCCGCUAUUCAAGGAGCUACAGGCGCCCAAUUUGGAAUGGCAUUUCAAAGUUUGUCGAGUGUCGGAGUUGGAAUAAUUAUUGGCUUCAUCUACAGUUGGCAGUUGACGCUGCUCAUCAUAGGGUGUGCACCUUUUAUUAUACUGGGCGGCAUGCUCCAAAUGAAAUUAGCGAAAGGAUUUUCGGGCAAAAACAAUUCAGCCCUAGAAGCUUCUGGAAAAGUUGCUACUGAAGCCAUAUCGAAUAUAAGAACGGUUGUGUCACUAACGAAGGAAGACAAACUAAAGAAUGAUUAUUACAACAGCCUCAUCGGUCCACACAAGUCGAACAUGAAGAAGGCUCAUAUCUAUGGACUGGCCUUUUCCUUCUCACAAAGUUUAAUAUUUUUUGCAUAUUCCGCAAUAUUCCGAUUGGGUGCUUAUCUCAUUGAACACAAAUACCUCGAAUAUGAGAAUAUGUACAUCGUGUUCGGGGCAAUCAUAUUUGGGGCAAUGGCUUUAGGACAGGCGAGCCAGUUUGCUCCUGAUUACGCGAAAGCGAAAGCAUCAAUAGGCAGAGUCUUCAAACUGCUCGACAGUCAGCCAUCAAUCGACAUUUAUUCAGAGGGAGGAGCUAAACCGACUUCGUGUCAAGGUACAGUAGAAUUCAAAGAAGUGUCGUUUGCUUAUCCGAACCGCAAAGCUGUAACGGUUUUGAAAAAGUUGAAUUUGAGCGUCAGCAGAGGCAAAACUGUUGCGUUGGUUGGAAGUUCAGGAUGUGGGAAGAGUACUUCGAUACAAUUGCUUGAAAGAUUCUACGACGUUCUGCAGGGAUCUGUGAUGCUAGACGGGGUUGAUAUAAGAUCUCUAAAUGUUAUGUGGAUGAGGAGUCAAAUGGGUCUGGUGUCACAGGAACCCAUUCUGUUCGACUGCAGCAUCAGGGAAAACAUCGCCUACGGAGACAACAGCAGAGAAGUGAGCAUGGAGGAAAUUAUGCAUGCUGCCAGAUUAGCCAACAUCGCUACGUUUGUUGAAAGUUUGCCGCAAGGCUACGAAACAAACGUGGGAGACAAAGGAGCUCAACUGAGUGGAGGCCAGAAACAGAGGAUUGCUAUCGCUCGUGCAUUGUUAAGAAACCCCAAGAUAUUGUUGCUGGAUGAGGCCACCAGUGCUCUUGAUACUGAGAGUGAAAAGAUUGUUCAAGAAGCUCUGGACAGAGCUCAAGAAGGAAGAACGAGUCUGGUCAUCGCGCACCGUCUCUCAACCAUUCAAAAUGCCGACUGCAUAUUUGUUUUCCACAACGGUGUCGUUGCAGAACAAGGCACGCACAACGAACUCAUGUCUAGCAGAGGAUUUUAUUACCGACUUAACGUUGCUCAGGGAAGCAGAUGAAUGUAAUUAUAUGUACAGUACAACUUUUUAAAACGCAGUUUAUUUUAACUUUUAUUAAAGUUUUUAACAUCACUGCAUUUUUUAGUUCUGAAUUUAACAUAAUACCUUGUCAUGCGAAAGAUGUAGAAAUUUCAAUUAUUAUCUCAACUCUAUGUUUGUAUGUUUCUCAAAUUAUGUGAUAUAAGUGAUCUGGCUGAAUAUUUCUCAUACGGUUUUAUAUUUUUUUGAUAUUAUCAUGCAAAUUUAUUAAUUUGACAAUUUGCAACUUGAAUUUAUAAGUUUUACUUGUAUUUUUGACGAAAAGACAUGACCAUUUUAUAUGCUGUAUAUUAUUCUUAUGUAUAUAGUGCAAUGCAACAUUUUCAUCUGAAAGAAAUUAAAUUUAGUUUUAAAUAUACAAAUUGUAAAAUUGU